UUGUUGCAGCCCCAGACAGGGCGGCCCGUUACCAAGCAAGCACUGCACAGCACAGGGUCUGACAACGACGACAGCACCGGGCAUUGACAUAAGGAAUACAGCGAGGGUGAUAACAACACAGACACUCCUGAAUAUAGUAGGGGAUGGCUGUGAAUGUGUACUCGACAUCUGUGUCCAUUGACAACCUCAGCCGACAUGACAUGCUGGCAUGGGUCAACGAUUCUUUGCAUCUCACCUACACCAAGAUUGAACAGCUAUGUUCAGGAGCGGCAUAUUGCCAGUUCAUGGACAUGUUGUUUCCGGGUUGCAUCCUUCUGAAGAAGGUCAAAUUUCAAGCCAAGCUGGAGCAUGAAUCUAUACACAACUUCAAAGUUCUUCAAGCAGCUUUCAAAAGGAUGAGUGUUGACAAGAUAAUUCCUGUAGAAAAGCUUGUAAAAGGGAAGUUCCAGGACAACUUUGAAUUCGUGCAGUGGUUCAAGAAGUUCUUCGACGCCAACUAUGAUGGGAAGGAGUAUGACCCUUUACUAUCCAGACAGGGGCAAGACGUGGCCCCUGCCCCCAACCCAGGACCACAGAGGACAUCUCCAACAGUUCCCAAAAACAUGCCAACACCACAGCGGGUCCAACACAACACUCCAGCCUUGAGGAAGAAUCCAACUUUGUCUAGAAACGGGGGCAGUGACGCUGAGAUCAUGGAGCUAAAUCAACAGUUGAUGGAGUUGAAGUUGACCGUAGACGGACUAGAGAAGGAGAGAGACUUCUAUUUCAGCAAACUAAGGGACAUUGAGCUCAUCUGCCAGGAACACGAGAGUGAAAACGCUCCAAUCCUCAGCAGGAUAAUCGACAUUCUCUACGCAACAGAGGAUGGCUUUGCGCCUCCAGAAGAUGAAGACCUCGAUGAACAAGCUCACCUGGACCAAGAUGAAUAUUGAACCCUCCAUCCCCCUCCUCCCUGACAUCUCCAUCUUGUCCUAAUUUGUUUUCUACUAUCUCUGCACGCUCUCUAUAAAUACUCACCAUUAUCCGCGCUCUCUGUACGUCUUUUCCUUUCUUUCUCAUGUCUGUUUGUAACCUCCCCCAAUCACCCUCUGGCCGUAGACAUACUAUACACAACUACUCUUUAUCAUCAUCUGCUGCUCCUCCCUGCCUCCACUGACACAGUAACAAUAACAGUAAUGUAUGUAUGACAUAUCCCAGUUAUUUUAGCAUGAGUAAAGCAGUAAAUUGAGCCAAACCUGGCAUGGAGGUUAUUAUGGCAAACAGUGAACUUAAGUCUGUAAAUAUUACCGACAUUUUGAUUUCUGAGAGAACAAUGUCUUUGCUCGUUAUGGAGUUAUUUAUUUGCGCUGUUAAUACUACUACUACUAGAGCACAGAACUACACUCCCAGAGCUACUAAAACUGUAACAAAAGUGACUUUUAAUGACAGUUUCUUAUUUAUUUAACUUAUAUUUGAUUUAAAUUAACUUUCUGUAGCAAAACUGGUGCAAAAUCUACUGUACAUUAAGUGAAAGCUGAGACGCGGUGUGUUAUUUCAGUUAGGGUUUCUGCUUGAGUCAGCAUUGAGGUUUGGGUUUCUUUUGAUGAUAGGUUUAUGGCAAGUAGAAAUGCUGAAGGAAAUACUUUGGUGUGAUGACUCAAGGCAUAUGAUCAGUGCUCUGCGAUUAUUCAUUAUUGAUCAGCAACAUAUCUGAGCAUGAGAAUGUUACACAUUGACUGUGAAUGAGUAAUAUUUUGUAAAUGUAUUUUGUGUGGAGAUUUUGUCUGAUAUCGCACGAUCCUGGUUAAUUGCCAUUGUAUCUUAUAGGCUGACAUGCAGUAGCCUACGAGUUUAAAAUUUAGAUAUUGAAAAUCACCUGCAGACUGACAACAAGGUUUAGAUUGUAGCAGUUCUAAUGUUUUAUUCUGAAAUAAAAGGGAGCCUACCACUGAAUUAACACAUUUUCACAUGACAGCUUUUGUCAUGAUUCUACAGCUUAUCAUACUGUGUUUAUACUUUAAAUUUGCUGUUAAGGAUUGCCCAGGGUGUAUGAGUUGUUGUUUGGAAAUAAAACAGAAAGUCAGUUUUAAGAGAUCUGUGACCAGUUGCUGGUCAUCGUUAGCAUCCAGUUAAACCAAGGAAGUCUCCUUUUCCUUCCCCAGCCUUUUUUUUACUUUGCAAACUGGCUGUCGUCUGCUCUGGAACUUCAUUGACCAUGCGAGCAUCUACAGAACACUCAUCUUUUGAGUUUUAAAUAAACAAACAUU